UUCAAGCACUUUCACUCCUGUGGACGGACUGUGUAGCAAGAACUCCGUGACUCUUUUAAAGUUAAGGGUUUUGGACGAUUUAAAAAAAAAAAAAACCUGAAAUGGAUUCAGAUGCCAGCUCCACGUGUAGCCGAUCCUCGUCUCCAGACCUGGUGGUGGACGACUCUGCCGGGAGCUUCUUCUCCAACAACAUGUUUCAGAAAUACUGCCAGGAGAACAGAAGUGGCAGUGAGGCGGACCAAGGCAGGACGGACCGCUGCGACGGAGGUGGGAAGACCAAGAGCCGUUCUGAGCUCAGCAAGGAGGAGGUGCAGGACUUGAGGCUCAAAGUCAACAGCCGGGAGAGGAAGAGGAUGCACGACCUGAACCAGGCAAUGGAUGGCCUGAGGGAGGUGAUGCCCUACGCUCAUGGACCUUCUGUUCGCAAACUCUCCAAAAUCUCCACCUUGCUUCUAGCUCGAAACUACAUCCUCAUGCUGUCCAGCUCUUUAGAGGAGAUGAAAAAGCUGGUCGGGGACGUUUAUGGAGGUGGUGCUGCUGCCCAGAGCCGCUCCACUGCCCACCCAACUAUCAACCCCGCAACCGCAUCUGUUCACCUGCCUCUGCAUCCUCUGGCCCAGUCCCUUCACUCUCUGGUGGGCAGCACCCCCGCAGCUCUGCAGCAUCACUCCUCUCCUCCCUCUGCAGCUCCAGCUCCUCAUUCUCCGCCAUUAGCUAGCUUCCUGGGUUUUCACGCUCCGGUGCAGGGCCUUCUUAAGGACCCGCUACACCUCGGUGGCUCCUACAGGCACUUCCCUGGCAUGCCAUGCCCAUGCGCGCUCUGCCAGCCUCUGCCGACCGCCACCUCCACGUUGCACAGUUUGUCUAUGAACAAAUGAUGGGGGGACUCACAACAAACAGACUGAUGCCAACCUUGUACAUACUGUACAUACAAACAGCUGCUAUUUUAAGAAAAAAAACAAAUAUUUUGUGCUUUGUUGAUGGAGGAACAUUUGGGCGAUUGGUGGAGAAACAAAAUCUGUAACUUAUCCAAUGUUUGUUGUAAGGAAAGCUUGUAAAAAAAUUGGAACAGAUGUGUUCAGGAUUUCUAUUUUCCUAAAUUAAAAAAUAAAUUUGAAACUAA